AUGUUGUCGGCUUCUCUUCUUUCCAUUGCGGCUCUGACCGUGCCCAGUGCUCUGGCAGCAUCUCUUCGUGACCAGCUUCCGGGUGUACCAGCAGGAUGGUCCGUCUCUGGUACUCCCGAUGCCUCUCAGUCCAUCACCUUGAAGCUUGCAGUCAAGCAACAGAACAUCGACCAGCUCGAGGGUCUCUUGAAGUCGGUUUCUGACCCAUCAAGCCCUAACUACGGCAAAUACUACACUGCCGACCAGGUCAACGCUCUCUUCGCACCAUCAAGUGGCUCCGUUGAUGCUGUCACAUCUUGGGCAAAGACUGCAAGCCUUGACAACAGCCUUGACCGUGGCCUGCACGUCACCAUCAAGACCACCAUCGGUAACGCCAACGAGGUCUUCGGAGCCAACUUCACAACCUUCAAGGACGAAUCUACUGGAGUUGAGAAGCUGAGAACGCUGCAGUACUCCGUUCCUGACGUGAUCUCUAGCCACGUUGAUUUCGUUUCACCUACUACCUUCUUUGGACGUACGAAUGCGGAGAGUGCUCUCAGACUCCCCGAGAAUGUUGGCGUCGAGAGACGUGAGCCAGUUUCGGAGCCACAGUCAGGCUUGACCAAGCGUGCCCUUGCUUGUGUCUCUUACUCUGCUCGCGGAACUGCCUACCUCGGACCCGAUUGCUGGAAGCAGGUUUACAAUGUGACCUAUGUUCCAGACGCCUCUUCUGGUAGUCGCAUCGGUUUCGGCAGUUUCCUGAACGAAUCUGCCAUCGAAGCCGACCUGUUCCUCUACGAACAGAAGUAUGGCAUUCCCAAGCAGUCAUUUAACGUAACUCUCAUCAACGGCGGUGUCAACCACCAGGAGCCUGAGUACACCACAAUCGGCGAGGCUAACCUGGACGCCCAAAACAUCUUCGGCUUGGCUCACCCCCUGCCUGUUACCGAGUUCAUUACUGGAGGCUCGCCACCUUUCCUCACAAACUUGGACCUCCCAACCGAGGCCGACAACUCCAACGAGCCUUACCUCGACUACUACGCAUACCUCCUGUCUCAGUCUAAUGAGGCUCUUCCCCAGGUUAUUUCCAAUUCUUACGGAGAUGACGAGCAGACCGUGCCUAUCGAUUAUGCCAGAUAUGUCUGCAACCAAAUUGGUAUGAUGGGCCUUCGUGGUAUCACCAUUCUCGAGUCCUCGGGCGACACUGGUGUUGGUGCUCCUUGCCAAUCCAACGAUGGCAAGAAGACUCCUCAAUUUACUCCUGCCUUCCCCGGUACUUGCCCUUACAUUACUGCCGUUGGUGGUACUCAAGGAUUCAACGAGGAAGCCUGGGAUGGAUCGACAGGAGGAUUCAGCAACUACUUCUCUCGUGCAUGGUACCAGGAGUCUGCCGUCGAGACUUACCUUGGUUCUUACAUCAGCAAAAGUGUUCAGGACUACUACACACCAUUCACCAACUUCAGCGCCCGUGGUUUCCCUGACGUUUCAGCGCAUAGCUCCAACCCUUACUGGCCUGUCUACGCUAACGGUGUUCUUGCUCUCUACUCUGGUACCUCUGCUGCUGCCCCGGCUUGGGCCGCUUGGAUAGGACUGCUGAACGACGCACGCUUCAAGGCAGGCCAGCCUGCACUUGGUUUCGUCAACCCUCUCUUCUACUCCCUCAAGUCUGGUUUCACGGAUGUCACUCAAGGCGCUGCUACCGGCUGUAACGGUGUGAAUGCUCAGACUGGUGCUAAGAUCCCUGGUGCAUCAAUUAUUCCCUGGGCUACUUGGAACGCAACGUAA